GUUUAAACAUGUUUAUAUAAAUCCAGGUAGAUACAAAAGUAUGUCAAAUCAAUGUCGCUCACGCGCAAUGCAUGAACAAGUUUCUCUUCCUGUUUUGGAAAGUACAUAUACAUAAUAGAUAGGUGAUAUUGAGUCAGGACUUAAAAUACUAUACCUCUGAAAAUGGUUGACAAAGCAAAGAAUGCUCCCUACGUGUGUACUUUAAGUGAAGAUCUUAUAAAAGCAGCUAGAGAAGAGUUGAACGAAAUUCCAGAAAGACGAGCUGAAGAUAUAGACACGCUGAGGAAAAAGAUACAAAAACUUCCAAGUCUUAACAUUUGCACGGAUGAUGCGUAUUUGCUUAAAUUUCUGCGAGCAACGGCAUUUGACCAGGACACAGCCUAUACUUUGAUACUGAAGUACUUUGAAAUGAAAGCUGACGCGAAAAACAAGCAAAUGUUUACCGAUUUAAGGUCGGCAGCAGUGAAACAUGUCGUAGAAUCUGGUAUAAUCGGAGUACUUCCGCACAGAGACAAAUACGGGAGAAAAGUGGUCGUCAUCAGACCAGGUACAUGGGACACAAGUACAAUUACUUUGGCAGACAUCUUUAAAACAUCCUUCAUGUUGCUGAUAAAAAUUGCCGAGGAUGAGCAGACACAGAUAAAAGGUUGUGUAGUCUUGUACGAUAUGAACGGCAUGGGGUUUGGACAUCUGACCCAUGUUUCACCAUUCUACGCCAAGCGAAGUGCUAUGCUAUUUCAGGACUGUUUACCAAUAAGGUUCAAGUUUAUUCAUGUUGUAAAUGAACCAGCUGUGUUUGACUAUCUAUUUGCAAUGGGGCGACCUUUCAUGAGUCAAGAAAGUGUGGAAAAGGUGUUAAUACAUGGUCAUAAAUUUGAAGAAUUGGAAGAGUAUUUUGAUUUAGAGUAUUUGCCGAUCGAAUAUGGCGGGAAAGCUCCGCCGUUCUCCUUACAGGCAACGAAAGAUGCCAUAUUAUACUGCGAUCCGGACUUUGAUGCUGAAGCAAAGAAUGGAAUGGUGACGACUAAGGGCGAAAGUUCUGUUCACGGAUUGGCCGGAUCGUACCGGAAAUUGGAAAUUUAGACUAAUUAGGUGUUUUAUGCUCAUGACAUCACAGUACUUGUUAAAGUUUUAAAACUUGCAGAAGAAACUCACCAAUAAUUGGAACAGUUAUUCACAUUUGUAUAUAUAUUAUAUAAUACCAGUUAUAUGGUUGAAAUUAUGUUCAGUGAGAUAUCGUUCUAUAUAUUUGGAAUAACCAACUUACCAUAAAGUACAAAAUGCAGUCAGUGAAUCAUACUCGCACCGAUUAAAACAUUACUUGUUUAGUGUUUGUCAACUCAGCUUUAACUUUUCUAAAUAUGUCUCGCGGUUAUGCCGUGCCUAAAAUCUAAUUUCAUUUAAUAAAUGCAUAUAUAUAGUGUAAAUUUAUAAACCAUUCGCAUUGACAAAGCAACAAAAUGUGUGUGUGCGUGCAUGCUUGUGUGUGCGUGCGUGCGUGUGUUUGUUUGUUUUACCAUCUGGAUAAUUUAUCUUACAAUUAGAAUAGUUGCCACUUUAUAGAUUAAAUAUCAAAAGCACGCAUGAAAAAAAAGCAUGUUCGACUAAUUUUAUUUUGUAAAUAAAAUUAGAACACUAACAAA